AUUACCAUUAAAAAGCUUAACAAAUUCGACCCGAAAAAGGACCCGAACCCUUCAAUCGAACGGGUCAAGUUCUAGAAUCUAUUGGGAAAAGAUCCUUCAAUUAUUACUUUCUACGUUUCAGAAAUAUCUCAACCCAAUCUCGGUAUAGAGAUACACAAAUACUCGUAUCUAUAUGCCUAGAUCUGUUCACUUCCAGCAGGAAUCCGCUAUGUAUUUCAUCCAAUAAACAAUUCGUGAUUGUAUGACGUCGCUGGAGAACGAGCAUUCGUCGUCGUCGGAUCAUCGUCGGCCCGUUGGAUGUUGUAAUCCGGUGAAGAAAUCGGGACCGGUAUCCAUGGACCACGUGUUAUCAGCAUUGGGAGAGACUAAAGAAGAACGAGAAUCACGAAUUCGUGGUUUGUUUAAUUUCUUCGAUACAUCAAAUGCAGGAUACYUGGAUUCCGCUCAGAUUGAGGUAGGGUUAUCGGCKUUGCAAAUUCCGGCGGAUUACAAGUAUGCGAAGGAAUUGAUUAGGGUUUGCGAUGCGAAUAGAGAUGGGAGGGUUGAUUAUCUGGAGUUUAGAAGAUACAUGGAUGAUAAGGAGCUUGAGCUUUAUCGUAUUUUUCAAGCCAUUGAUGUCGAACAUAAUGGUUGCAUUUUACCAGAGGAACUCUAUGAUGCUCUUGUUAAGGCUGGGAUAGAACUUAAUGAUGAUGAACUCGCUAGUUUUGUGGAGCGUGUCGACAAAGAUAAUAACGGUAUUAUAACUUUUGAAGAGUGGCGAGAUUUUCUUCUUCUUUAUCCUCAUGAAGCAACUAUUGAAAACAUCUACCAGUAUUGGGAGCGGGUAUCUCUUGUAGAUAUCGGAGAACARGCCGUGAUUCCGGCAGGCAUCAGUAAGCAUGUUCAUGCUAGCAAAUAUUUGAUAGCCGGUGGGGUCGCCGGAGCCGCUUCCCGAACUGCAACGGCUCCGCUUGAUCGUCUUAAGGUGUUACUCCAAGUUCAGACCUCUAAUGCUUCAAUCGGGCCCGCAAUUAAGAGCAUAUGGAAGGAAGGUGGGAUUUUAUCCUUUUUUAGAGGUAACGGGUUGAACGUUGUUAAGGUCGCCCCCGAGAGUGCMAUCAAGUUUUACACUUAUGAAAUGUUCAAGGAUUUCAUUGGAGGAGGAGAUAAGGAUGAUAUAGGGACUUCCGGGCGGCUUCUUGCUGGGGGGAUGGCAGGUGCCGUUGCACAAACUGCUAUUUAUCCGAUGGAUUUGGUGAAGACUCGUUUACAAACUCAUGUUUGUGACGGUGGAAAGGUUCCGAGCUUGGGGAAACUUUCGAAGGAUAUAUGGGUUCAUGAGGGGCCUCGAGCUUUUUAUAAGGGGAUCAUUCCUUCRCUUCUUGGAAUUAUUCCUUAUGCCGGAAUUGACUUGGCGGUCUACGAGACCUUGAAAGAGAUGUCAAAAACAUACAUUUUUCUUGAUAGUGAACCGGGCCCUCUAGCGCAAUUGGGUUGUGGAACAGUUUCAGGGGCCCUUGGAGCCACAUGCGUGUACCCAUUGCAAGUUGUUCGGACAAGGAUGCAAGCGAAUCGGCCAGGUAGAGCCGGUGCGUACAACGGAAUGUCGGACGUGUUCAUGAAAACAUACAAGAACGAAGGGGCAAGAGGUUUCUAUAAAGGGCUUUUCCCAAAUCUUCUCAAGGUUGUACCUGCAGCCAGCAUUACAUAUAUGGUUUAUGAAGCAAUGAAAAAGACACUAGAUCUUGAAUGACUUAGAAAUAAGAAACUAGUCCCAAUGAACCCAUUGUUCAAGUUACGUUUUAUCGAUCGAUAGGUGGUGUUAUAACAACUUCCCACUCGGAAUUUUCUAACGAAGAAGUUGUUUUUUCGAGGGGUGUACCUAGAGUGUUGCAGCAUUGUUGUUCGAUGUAUAUGUUACAAAUUUGUUGUACUAGGGUUAUGCCAGACUCACUGAUUCUUUGUUACAUCAAUACAUGUYGAAUUGUGAUUAUUAUUCUUGUUU